ACAGUCUCUUCUUCUCUUCCCCCCUCACGACACCGACACUCUUUUCUUCAAUCUCGUCUACACACUCAUUCUCGACGCAGGCAUCGUUUCCGUUACAUCUUCGCUCUCUGAUACCCCCUCUUUCAACUUCAAAGCCAAGCCAUACCGUCGCCGGUCGCGUAUCAUCUCACUUCUUCCACUCAAGACGACGUUUUCAAACCCAUCAUUCACCAUGCGCUUCACCACGGGAAUCGCCGCUGUCGCUGCCGCCGCUGGCGCGCACGCUCAGAUUGAGGGCACCACCACCAUGACCUCGACCACCACCAUGACCAAGACCGUCACCCAGUGCAACCCUACCGCCACGGACUGCCCUCUGUGGCACACGACCUCGAGCGUGGUCGCCGAGACCACCUCCAUCGUCCCCGAGACUACCACCUCGACUCCUGAGCCCGAGCCCGAGACCACGACGGAGACUCCCGUUAUCGAGACCACCAUUGCUGUCGUCAGCAUCAACACCACCGUCCCUUGCACUACCAGCAGCUCCAAGACCACCAUGACCUGGUCCGUCUCGCAGAACUCGACCUCUCACGGGCCUACGGGGUACCCCGGCACCACCAGCAGCGGCGUCCUGCCCACUGACGUCCCCGAGGGUCCCUCAGACACUGGCUCCGCUCCCUCGACCGUGCCCACCGACGACACCCCCGGCGCCGGUGUCACCUCUGUCGCCCAGACUGGCUUCAUGGCCAUGGCCUUUGCCGCUGUCGUUGCCGCCAUCUUCUAAGUGCGGCAGUCUGGGGGCUAGCCAGUGGCUGCUUCGAACCCUGGUGGUUCCUCAACAACAUGUUGGCGCGUCACACGCGCCACUCUUUCUACUUUUACUUCAAUCUGCUUGAUAGACUUUUCUUCGCAGGGGAUGGGCGUUUGGAGACCACUUCUUUACAUAUGACAUCUUCCGCCUUUGGGAGACCAGGCCGCGCUUGGUCCUGUCUAUAGAUUUUUUGAUACCUACAAUUACAUUUGAGCGAUCAUCACCAA